AUGGAUCUGCGUAAGCAGUUGUUGGGACAAGAGAGACAAAGGCGGCAAAGUGUGUCGUCAGGAGAUGACUUAUUGCAGCAGGAGGAAAAACAGGAGAGUAUCGCGACAGAAUUGCUCACUAUGACUCGCUCAUUGAAGGAGAGCAUUACACUUGCUGGCGAAGUUUUGAAGGACGAUAACAAGCUUCUGUCUUCGUUGCACACCCAGGUGGACUCGAAUUUGGAGCGGUUAAAUACCGAGGGAUCACGGCUUGCCAAACACGCUUACAAGUGCGGAUUCGAUUGUGCCUUAAUAUUUGUCGCUCUGUUCAUUUUUUGGUCAUUCAUUUGUAUGGUGGUCAUCAUGAAAAUGUUUCCAAAAAAAGUCUCUUCAUAA